CUUUCACUCAUUUUCUCUCCGUCCUCACUCGCUGACCAUCGAUCUUAGGCCACUCCCGAAGGAUUUCUCCGGCUUAUACAAAUCCUACUGCCGUCAAAAUCGAUUCAAAGCGAACCAGAGAUUGAAUGGAAGAUGCAGCUGCUCCGAAUUCAGGAUCCGAAUUUAAUCCAGGAGCAAGACGCGGCAAAUCUAUCGAUGAAUGCCAAGACAUGAUUCGUAGGAGUUUCCGAAACCCAAUAGUGAAGUUUCUGAUGGAGCAAAUGGAGAAAUCUGGGUGUAGAGUUGGUGAUAAUUUCGUUAAGGCUGUUGUUUGUACUGGACCUGUAGCUGGAGGUUACACUAAAGGAAGAGGGAUAACUGUCUGCAGUAACUAUCUGACCAUUCAAGAUGAAGUGAACCAAGUAGUUAUACAUGAGUUGAUUCAUGCUUAUGACGAGUGCCGAGCCAAGAAUUUGGAUUGGACUAAUUGUGCUCAUCAUGCUUGCAGCGAGGUGAUUACAAUAUUAGAUCAAACCUUUGAUAUACUCUUGUCAAAGUACUUGAUAGGUUUUGGUGUGUGUGUUUUCUUUAACAGAUUCGUGCAGGUCAUCUAAGCGGUGAUUGCCAUUUCAAGAGAGAACUUUUGCGCGGUUUCAUUAAAUUAAGAGGGCAUGAACAAGAAUGUAUAAAAAGAAGAGUGUUGAAAUCACUUCGUGGCAACCCGUAUUGCUCGGAAGUAGCUGCUAAAGACGCGAUGGAAGCAGUGUGGGAUACUUGUUACAAUGACACUAAGCCUUUUGAUAGAGCUCCUUGAAGGUAAUAAGUCUAUUUACACUCUCAAAAGACUUAUGUUUGCUUCAAAGUUAUGAGUUCAACUUCAUCUUUGAAGAUCGACAUAAAGCCAGAAAAAAAACUGUUGGAUUCAGCCGUUGAUUAUCCCCCCAUGUAUUUCUCUCAAUCCAACCUUUUUGGCCAAGUCAAACGAUAGAGUAUUUGUUUAGAUUCUUUACAUUGUUGUUUGAAACAAAGGAAAAGGUCUAAUACACAAUCUUGAUUUCAAGUGGAUUUUGCUUGAAAGUAUAAUUUUGAUUUAUGGAUUUGUAUUUUACAUCACACUCUGGAGUCUGGAGGGAUAAGUAGCUCUGAAUCUAACAGUGUAAUAGAAAGUUGAUACUUUAGGGACAGAGUAAAAUCAUAUCAUAUUUGAAGAAAAUUUAUUGAUCG